AUGUUCUAUUCGGGACUGCUGCGAUUCUUCCGCGAUGACCGCGUUAUCCUUGCCGGAAUCGGCAUCACCACCUUCACCAUGGUCUCGGUCAUGACCCAGGCGCUGGUUUGGGCGCGCGACGAAAACGAAGUGAAACCCACGCCGCCAAAGACGCAAUACAUCACCCAAGAUACGGAAGAUGCGCUGCAGUUAGAGACACUCGAUAAACUUGUGGCUCAUCCUAACUACUCCAUCCGGGAUAUUGCGACGAAGAUCCUCUGUGACAGGGCCGUCAACGACAACGAGACCAUCCAUUACCUCCUCUACAACAUAACCCGUCCCGACUAUGAUACUCGGAUACAGAGCCUUCACGCUUUGGCGACAUUGUUAUGCCAGAAUCACGGAGAAUGCCUUUCCAAGAUGCAUAACUGGAGAGGGUACACGGCCCUUGUUCGGUCUCUCGAGCUCUCCUUCGAGGAAGGGGAGCAUCCGAAACUUGACGACAGACUUUGGGACGAUUACUACCUGCGGGAUAUGGCAGAAAAGUUCUGCCUCUCUUUCAUCGUGGAACUCGUCAACAGGUACGACGCCGACAUGUUGGUCAGGGCGAAGUUUGUCGAAAAGUGGCUCGCCAAACAAAACUGGGGGGAAACGGAGCGAGAGAGACGCGAGAACUUCCUCUAUUAUGUGGAAUACAGGAGCAAUAGGAUCGUCGACAUCAUCACGAAGAUAGCGCGCUCCCACGAGGGGAGCAAGGCGCUCGUUGCCUGCAAGUUGGCAGCUCAGUCCAACUUCAGCUUGAGCUCCGAGGCGGCCUUCCUGGUCCAGCCGACAUUGCGCGCGGUCGACUUUGACGACGACCAGACGGGAGAGCAGAUGCCGCGGAAUAGGGACCAUUCUGACGAGGAGCAGCGGCUUCGACGCCAACAUCGCGAAGCCAUGGUAUUCAAUGACGGGACGCGCCCUAUUGGCAGGGAGGACAUUAUUGAGCGGAGCGAGGCUUUGCUGUCGUAA